CGUCUUCUCCCUCCUCCUGCUUCUCCUGCGAUAGCUGUAGCCAGCACAGCGGCCGCUGCCGGGCGCGGUGUGGUCCGGUUGGUUGGUGUCCCUCUCAACAUCGGUGUCCGUGCCGUUGAACUGCCAUGGCUGAGUUGGAUCCGUUCGGGGCCCCCGCUGGCGGCCCCGCGUUGGGGAACGGAGUGGCCGGCGAAGAGGACCCUGCCGCGGCCUUCUUGGCGCAGCAGGAGAGCGAGAUUGCGGGCAUUGAGAACGACGAGGCCUUCGCCAUCCUGGACGGCGGCGCCCCUGGGCCCCAGCCGCACGGCGAGCCGCCGGGGGGUCCGGAUGCUGUUGAUGGAGUGAUGAAUGGCGAAUACUACCAGGAGAGUAAUGGGCCAACAGACAGUUAUGCAGCUAUUUCACAAGCGGACCGAUUGCAGUCAGAGCCUGAAAGUAUCCGUAAAUGGAGGGAAGAGCAGACGGAGCGCUUGGAAGCCCUUGAUGCCAAUUCUCGGAAGCAGGAAGCAGAGUGGAAAGAAAAAGCGAUAAAGGAGCUGGACGAGUGGUACGCGAGACAGGACGAGCAGCUACAGAAGACAAAAGCGAACAACAGGGCAGCAGAAGAAGCCUUUGUAAAUGACAUUGAAGAGUCGUCCCCAGGCACUGAGUGGGAACGGGUGGCCCGGCUGUGUGACUUUAACCCCAAGUCCAGCAAGCAGGCCAAAGAUGUCUCCCGCAUGCGUUCUGUCCUCAUCUCCCUCAAGCAGGCCCCCCUGGUGCACUGAAGAGCCACUCUGUGGAAACACUACAUCUGCAAUAUCUUAAUCCUACUCAGUGAAGCUCUUCACGGUAAUUGGAUUAAUUAUGUUGAGUUCUUUUGGACCAAACCUUUUGUCUUUAGAGUUGAUCAUUGUUUGUGAUUGCAUGUUUCCUUCAACUGUGUUCUCCCUGACACUCAAAGAGGAGGGGAGGCGGCAGAGGAAGGGAGGGAAGCCUCCCAACAGCAGCCUCAACCUGUGCUUUUGUGCAUUAUUCUGAGAAUAAAUUUCUGUUUCAAACAAUAAA